AUACAGACUGCUACAUGGAUAAUAACACACACACAAAAAUUAAAUUUUAAAAAACACUAAAACAUUCAAAACCCUAACUAAAAAACAACACAAUUUAAUAACAAAGCCUACACUUUUCAACAACAACUCAUCACUCAUUACUUCAUUAUUUGUAAUUCCAAAUUCAUAACACUUUUGAACAACAUGUAUGCCUGUGCUCCUCAAUUUGCUUCCAUCAAGUUCCCAGACCUACACAUUUCUAAGAAUUUGAGGUCUUUAGGCAUGAAAAAAAGGGAUUUUACAGUGUUUGCAGUUGCUGCUUCAACUGUUAAUGAGGCUUCUAACUACAUUCCAGCUGCCCCCAUUUUUCUCCCAGAAGGGCCUUGGAAGCAGGUCUGUCCUACAGAUUCCUGGAGGAGUUACUGCUGCUAAAGGAUUCAAAGCAGCUGGAAUCUAUGGCGGAUUGCGUGCUAAAGGAGAGAAACCCGAUCUUGCGCUCGUCACUUGUGAUGUUGAUGCUGCAGCUGCAGGGUCAUUUACAACAAAUGUGGUUGCUGCUGCACCUGUCCUGUACUGUAAAGAAGCGUUGGAUAUAUCUAACACGGCACGUGCAGUGUUAAUAAAUGCCGGUCAAGCAAAUGCAGCAACGGGUGAUGCAGGUUAUCAGGAUUUGCUAGAAUGCGCCGACUCUCUUGCUACGAUACUUAGAUUGAAGAGAGAAGAAGUGCUGAUUGAAUCUACAGGUGUAAUUGGUCAAAGAAUAAAAAAGGAUGCUCUUCUACAUUCGAUUCCAACAUUGGUUAACUCUCUCACAUCAUCUGUGGAAGGGGCAGGUUCUGCAGCAGUGGCAAUCACAACUACAGACCUUGUGAGCAAGAGUGUGGCAAUCGAGUCCCAAAUUGGAGGGAUGAACAUAAGAGUUGGGGGAAUGGCCAAAGGCUCUGGGAUGAUUCACCCUAAUAUGGCAACUAUGCUUGGCGUUAUAACAACAGAUGCCCUUGUCCAAUGUGAUGUUUGGAGAAAGAUGGUGCAAAUCUCUGUAAACCGGAGUUUCAACCAAAUAACUGUAGAUGGAGACACUAGUACCAACGAUACAGUCAUUGCUUUGGCUAGUGGGUUAUCUGGAUCACAGCCUCUAUCAUCUAUUGACUGCAAGGAGGCAAUUCAACUUCAAGCAUGCCUUGAUGCUGUAAUGCAAGGUCUUGCAAAAUCGAUAGCUUGGGAUGGAGAGGGAGCCACCUGCCUAAUUGAGGUCAUGGUGGCAGGGGCAGAGAGCGAGGAGAAAGCUGCAAAGAUCGCACGCUCUGUGGCAUCUUCUUCACUUGUGAAGGCUGCUGUUUAUGGAAGAGAUCCAAAUUGGGGACGUAUUGCUGCUGCUGCUGGCUAUGCCGGGAUUCCUUUCCAGCAGAAUAAGCUGCGCAUUUCACUUGGGGAUAUUUUGCUCAUGGAUAAUGGUCAACCACUUGCAUUUGAUAGGCCUGCUGCAAGUAACUAUCUCAAGAAGGCUGGAGAGACUCAUGGUACUGUUGCAAUUUUCAUUUCUAUAGGUGAAGAAUCAGGCAGCGGAAAGGCAUGGGGAUGCGACUUAAGUUACGAUUAUGUCAAAAUAAAUGCAGAGUAUACAACAUAACAAAUUCACCUUGUUUUCCAACCAAACAUUUAGAGAAUCGACUUCAUCCUGAACCAGGGGACAUUGCUCAACAUUAAUAACACCUUCAAGUCAUGUAUCAUGUUUUUACUUUUGUCCAUUUUAGCUUUUACCGGGUGGCUCUUACAUCAUGUUUGAUUGGACAAAACUUUUGGCUGGUUGAGUCUCUAAGAGAGGAAAUUUAUUGGUA